GCCAGAUCAUGCAUGAUAAGCUUCUGACCGUUAACGCGUUAACGUUCCAAAUUGAGUACAUUCAACUGAUCUUCUGGUUGAUCUACUAGUAUAGUGCAUGCUACUAGACCAUAGAGCGACGCCGCAUAAUCUUUCUUUCGUGACCUUCCAUCUCUUUCCGUAGAUUUGACUGACUUUUGUGUAGGCGCCCAUCGAGCUACGUCACAAGCAUCAGUGGAGCAGGUGGAGCAACUCGAGAAACUGAAGAAGUAAUGUGACGUUGUCGAUAUCGCGGUCCACAAGCAUAAAGGUUCUUAGACGACCACCCUUGGAUAAGACCAGCUUCCACAUCAUUAGGCCCUAGUCGCCAGUACGCAUGGCAUCGCCUUUUGCUACUCUCCCGCCUGAACUCCUGCUCCACGUCCUCUCACUAGCCUCUAGUCACCGCCCCACUGCUGUAGCAUUAUCGCUUGUCUCGCAUUGGGUGCACAAUCAUGUCGAACGCAACCUUUACCACACAGUCUCCCUUUCAUCCAGUCGCUCCCUCGUAGCGUUUAUUGCUAGCCCCAACUCUAAACCGCAUGCCUUUGCGCAUAAUCUAGUGAAGAGGUUGAGCAUCACCGCACUAGGUCCAAUCAGCAAUAUAGACGAGGUGCUGAAAAAGUGCACUGGUGUCACAAGUCUCGUUUGUGGUUUUUCUGGGCCUUCAUACCUCCAUUGCGCCCGGAGCUUAAAGCAGCCCGUCGCGCCACCAGAAAUCACGACAUUUCGCCUUCCUAUUGCACCCCACGAACAAUUCCUAAUAGCUCUCGCUUGUCGAGAUGGCAUCGACAUGUCCAUCAUCUCUCCUUCAGUCACCCAUCUCAGAAUCCAACUUACGCCUGCUACGACGUCCGAGAGCGUGGCUCGCCUUCGAGAACUAUCUUAUCUCACGCAUCUAGCGAUUACAUAUAGGCACGGUUUGCAUGGAAAUGCUAACUCCGUCAAGGAGAUGAUCAAACCUGUUUUGGAGGAAGGAAGACUGAAGAUUCUCGUCAUCUAUGUCACGGGUGCAGGGAGCGAGGCACAUCGCAAAGAGAUCGAAGAGUGGCGUACUGAUUCUGCCCUCGAGGUCAUUGAUAGUACCUCUGCUAGUAGUACACAGAAGUGCCUUGGAUGCCGUCCCCAUACCCUAAUCAUAGCGAAACGUGCCACAGCUGCUGUCCUCCCUCAAUGGGAACAGGGGGUUAACAUAUGGGAUGUCAGCUCCAUAUGAUAUUGUUCGUAGUGAGUUCAUAUCAUUGCAAUCUACGCUUCCCCUAGGGUAUCUCGUACUACGCAACCAAUACGCAACCGACGUUAUUCCCACCGCAGAUCCACAAAUUGCGCCUCUCGUUAUAGUGAAUACGAAUUGGGAUAAGCUAACGUAUUUCGUCUUCCCGGCGUCUAUUUGAACCUCUCACUGGGCCCAGGCCUCGGGAGUCAGGACCACCGAAAGCAGCCCCAGCGCUAUUUUAUUUCACAUCAGCUGUUGUAGCUCGCGAGCGGGGAAGAGUCAAUGUGAAGCCUGUGAUCCAUUCACUCGAUGUACCUCAGAGUCUUGGGCCUGUACAGAAAUACCUGCAACAGAG